AUGGAAGGCAGCGGCGCGGCGGCGGAGGAGGAGGAAAGCGGGGCCGGCCACCACGCCCCGCCGCCGCCGCCACCACCCACCCCGGCUGCACCCUGCGGUUUCAGCUCCUCCCUCUGUUUCAGCGCCGCUGCUGCCGAGCCGCAGCCGCCUGCUGACGGCGGCCGGGUGGUGGAGAGCCAGUGGGAGAUCAACAACACCGGCGGCCGGCCUGAGGAGGAGGAUGAGGAGGCGGUAGGGACGCGGGACCGGCCGGCGGAGGAACCUGACCUGGUGAUCGAGGUAUCGGGACGUCGCAUCCGGGCGCACAAGUCGGUGCUGGCAGCCAAGAGUGACUACUUUCGUGCCCGUGCCUCUCGGGAUGUCCUGCGAGUGAAGGGCGUGAGCUACGGGGCCCUGCGGCUUCUCAUCGACUACGUGUACACGGCCCGCAUGGGCGAGGUGCGGCACGACAACCUGGCUGAGGUAGUGAGCGGUGCCCGCGUCCUCCAGAUGCCUUGUGCCCUGCACUGUGCUGCGGAGGCUAUGCGCGCCCAGCUUCGCCUCGACAAUUGCUAUCAGCUUCUCUGCCUGGCCAAGAAACAGCGGCUGGCGGAGCUGCGUGAGGCUGCCUACCGCUUCAUGAGCGACCACUACCUGGAGGUGCUGCGGGAGCCCAGUGUUUAUGGCCGCCUCAGUGGCACGGAGCGGGACCUCAUCCUUCAACGGCGCAUGGAAGCUGGCCGGCCCUGCUUGCUAGUGGCCGAAGUCAGCGAUGCCUUCGAAAGACCGGGUGGCGGCAGCCGGCCACAGAGUCGUGAGAGCAGUCGGCCGCAGAGCCCCUCCUCUGUGGUCUCCCUGGAGGAGAACAGCUCCCUCAUCCACUGCUACCAGGAAGGCAGCGGUGAGUGGAGGGUUCUGACGCGCCUACCGGAGGAGGCCAAUGCCAAGGGCUGCGCCAUGUGUGUCCUCCACAACUACCUCUUCCUAGCAGGGGGCAUUGUGUCAGGUGGCGAGCCCCGGGCCCGCCUUUCUGACAAGGUCUUCUGCUACAAUCCCCUCACUGACACCUGGAGCCAGGUACGGCCACUGGCUCAGGCCCGCUCACAGCUUAAGCUUCUGGCCUUGGACGGUUACAUCUAUGCUGUGGGGGGUGAAUGCCUCUUCACUGUGGAGAGGUAUGACCCACGGGCUGAUCGCUGGAGCCCUGUGGCACCCCUACCCAAGGGUGCCUUUGCUGUGGCUCACGAGGCCACCACUUGCAAUGGGGAGAUCUAUGUCUCAGGAGGCUCCCUCUUCUAUCGCCUGCUCAAGUAUGACCCUAAGCGUGAUGAGUGGCAGGAGUGCCCUUACAACAGCAGCCGCCGACGCUCUGCUGACAUGGUGGCCUUCAAGAGCUUCAUUUACCGCUUUGAUGUGAGCAGCAGCCGUGGUGGGGAGCAGGGCCCAGGUGGGGGGACUGGCGGUGGUGUUGAGGUUUUCCGGUACAACACAGUGGCCAAACGCUGGAGCCAGUGUGCCAGCCUGCGGCCCAGCGGUGGACCCAUUCAGCCCUUUCGCUGUGCUCCCUUAGGCAACACCAUCUACUGCGUCAACCGGACCGGCACUCUCCGCUUCAGCCUAGCACAGGAUGGUGAGGUGGAAGCAGAUGGUGGACUCAAGGGCACCUUUGACACAGACCUUCUUAAAGCACCCUUGGAUGUGAAGGGUGUCCUCCUACCCUUUGUACUCACCCUGCCUCCUGAGAGGAUGGACAAAGCAGGGGACCAGGAAGGCUCACUCCCAUUGUGA